UUAUUUGGUGUUUGCUUUAGCAGCUUAACAAACAAGUGUAACAGCAUCUGUUACAUUAUUUGCGAUGCGGGCAGCAUUAACCUGUGUCGAAUGAUGGGUGUCGAACGCCGUGUCGGGAUGUGAAGUAAAAGAAGCAUUCGUGUUGGUUUUUGUGUUGGCAUUGCGCUGGAAACCAUUGGUGCAUGCUCAUCAAGCCGGCGCCAGCUUACUGAAUAUCUCUGGCGCAUCCACUCCAUCUGCUGCUGCCGCCUAUGUACGGCGUAAAUCAAUCCGCAAUUAAUUUUUCAUCAUGAUUCAAGGCUACGGCUCGGUCACUCAAGCCCUACUGGGGACGCUUUUAACAUGGGGGUUAACGGCCCUUGGAUCCGGGCUGGUGGUAUUGCUGAGAGGUAAUCAACGGAAAUCGUUGGAUAUAUCUCUUGGCUUCGCAGCCGGCGUCAUGAUUGCAGCCUCGUUUUGGUCCUUACUUGCACCAGCGAUUGAACUGGCCGAAAAUUCGCACAUGUAUGGCAGCAAAGGCGAGUUUGCUUUUAUACCCGUUGCGGUAGGAUUUCUGUUUGGCGCUAUUUUUGUAUACGGUACCGACAAAGUCAUCUCUUACUUGGGCAUUAACAGCCCAACGAUGAUGAUUGCUCUUACCAAUGCCAACAAAGACAAGGCAGAUAUUGCUAUGGAUGAUCAAGUCUCUGCUGAGCAUGGCAAAAGCUCAUACGCUGGAAUGGCACCAAAUCCUGCAGAUCAUUCGUUAGCAAUCGGAAUGGACAGCUUUGCAGACUGCCUUAAUGCACAGCACGGUAGCGUGUCUCGGAAGCGAAGGAAGGGUAGCGCUACGACAUCGGUCAAGGAACAGGCUGUGUAUACAAACAACAGCCAAAGUCAGUUGGACGCACAGUUGUCGCAGUGGAAACGAAUUAUGCUGUUGGUGGUAGCGAUUACAGUGCACAACAUACCGGAAGGUUUAGCCGUAGGCGUUAGUUUUGGUGCAAUUGGAACGACCGAGUCGGCCACAUUUGAAGCAGCUCGCAAUCUGGCGAUUGGCAUUGGUAUACAGAAUUUCCCAGAGGGCUUGGCAGUGAGUUUACCGCUACAUGCUGCUGGGUUUAGUUUGGGGAAAAGCUUUUGGUACGGGCAGCUUUCGGGCAUGGUGGAACCUAUAUUUGGAGUGCUCGGGGCAGUUGCUGUCAGUGUCGCCACCAUCAUACUGCCAUAUGCCUUAUCGUUUGCCGCUGGCGCCAUGAUUUACAUAGUAGCCGACGAUAUUCUUCCGGAAGCACAUGCCAGUGACAAUGGACUAAUAGCAACGUGGGGUACGAUCGCAGGCUUCGUAGUAAUGAUGUGUCUAGAUGUGGGGCUUGGAUAAGACGGAUCUGAUGGAGAUGUAGUCUGAGUUUUAUGGGAAUGACUGCGUUCUGGAUGACGGAACGCUGCAUCUGGAUUGAACGAGCCAGUGUCUGCUAAAUGGUACUUGAUUAUAAGUAUUAUAAUGAAUUGUGAAUUAUAUUUUUUGUUACAAUCACUUACUUGAUUAUGGAUCAGUGUAUAGAUUUUAAUUUAAUUUUUUAUCGGCACACUACAAAUCAGAAACAUAGUGCUUAAAUAAACAUCUAAUUAAUGCUGAUAGUAUCGGUAUAAUUUUAA